GCUCCCUCAGAGCGCUGAGGUCCCGGGGCAGAGCGUCCUGUGGAGACUUCGCAGCGUCUCUAAACAAAGCGUCCAACCGCUUUUUGUUCUUGUUUUUUUGCUUGGGGUGGAUUUUUAUUCCUCUACCCUGCAGCCCUUGCUUGAUCAAACCCCGUGCCCUCCUCCUGCCUCAGCCAUGGUGAUGUUCAAGAAAGUGAAGAACUUCAUGGUGGCCUUCAGCGAGCCCGACAAAGUCUACUGCAGCGGGGACAAGGUGGCUGGCCGUGUGCUGGUGGAGGUGGCCGAGGUGACCCGUGUCAGCGCCGUCAAGGUGCUGGCCUGUGGCGUGGCCAGGGUGACCUGGGCCAAGGGCCCGGCCCAGUGCCGGCAGGAGAUGGAGUACCUGCGCUUCGAGGACGUGCUGGCGCUGGAGGAGCAGCCCACGGAUGAGGACGGGUCAGUCAUCCUGAGACCCGGCAACAAAUACGAGUACAAAUUCGGCUUCGAGCUGCCCCAGGGGCCGCUGGGCACCACGUUCAAGGGCAAGUAUGGCUCUGUGGAUUACUGGGUGAAGGCUUCUCUGGAGCGUCCAGCCUGCCCCACGCAGCAGGUGAAGAAACGCUUCGAGGUGAUGGAUCCUGUGGAUGUGAACACCCCAGAGCUGCUGUCUCCAGUGGCAGCCAAGAAGGAGAAGAAAGUGUCGUGCAUGUUCAUCCCUGACGGCCGCGUGUCUGUGAGCGCCCAGAUCGACAGGAAAGGCUUCUGUGAAGGCGAUGAGAUCUGCAUCAACGCCGACUUUGAGAACACCUGCUCGCGCAUCGUGGUGCCCAAGGCAGCCAUCGUGGCCAAGCACACCUACCUGGCCAACGGGCAGACCAAGGUCUUCUGCCAGAAGCUCUCCUGCGUUCGUGGCAACCACAUCAUCUCCGGCACCUCGGAGUCCUGGCGUGGCAAAACCAUCCGUGUGAAGAAGCUCAAGCCCUCCAUCCUGGGCUGCAACAUCCUGAGAGUGGAGUAUUUCCUGCAGAUUUAUGUCAGCGUGCCAGGCUCCAAGAAAAUCAUCCUGGAGCUGCCCCUGGUCAUUGGGAGUCGCUCUGGCAUCGGCAGCCGCAGCUCCAGCAUGGCCAGUCAGACCAGUUCCGAGAUGAGCUGGGUGGACCUGAACCUCCCCGAUGCUCCAGAGGCACCCCCGUGCUACCUGGACAUCGUUCCCGAGGAUCACCGCCUGGAGAGCCCCACCACGCCCCUGCUGGACGACCCCGACGGCUUCGACAGCCCCAUCUUCAUGUACGCGCCCGAAUUCAAGUUCAUGCCGCCGCCCACCUACACGGAGGUGAGCCCGGCGCCGGCACGGGAGGGGCCAGGCGGAUCUGGGGGCUCCUGCCUGCACCCCUCACCCUCCUCCUGCUCCGUGGGCCAGGUGGAUCCGUGUGGUAACAACAACAACAACAACAACAACAACAACGUGCAGUGAGAGCCACAGCGCGGGUCCAUCCCGCUCGCCUGGACUCCAAACCUGCAGCACAUCUGGGAGAACACCUGGAGGGGGCUCCCGAGGAGCUGCUGCAUCCCUGGGAGCUGCUGCAUCCCCGGGAACUGCUGCAUCCCCAGGAACUGCUGCAUCCCCAGGAAUUGCUGCAUCCCCAUCUCGAGGGGAUAAAAAAAACCCCUCAAGGACUGUUGGGGAGACAAGGCAGAUCCAGCUGGGAAUCCUCGUGGCUGUUGGGACGCACGCUGCCCGUCCUUGCCCUGUGGUGGCAUGUUGUGACAGGGAAUGGUGGUUUUAAUUAAUUCCAUCUUAAUUUCGUGACUGGGUGCUGCUCUGGCUGCCCCGUGCUCCCGCCCAGGGAGGGGGACGCUCGGUGACUCCGUCCUGUUGUGACACAAAGCUGCUGUCACGACCUUUUGUACUCUGGUUUUGUAAAUAGCGUUUCAGGGGAGGGGGGGAAAGCACAAAAAUGCAAAUUUUGUACCUUUUCGUGGCCCCUGGGGGGCGAAAUUUGUAAUAAACUUGUAAUAAAUAAAUGAAACGGU